AUGCGUGAUCUCAGUCCUUCUCUCUUAUCUCCCGCCAACUACGACGGCGAUGCCGCCUCCCUGCGAUCACCCUCGGAGCAGGACUCCGACUCCGAAGACGAUGAGUUCCUCAGCCAUGAACGCAACACCUUAGAGCUUGCCGAACAUGACCGAGCCGUGCUGGAGGAUGAAGAAGAGUUGGAGAAGUUGCUGACAAGGCGUGGUCCUGCUCAUGGGCUACGCAGGAUGCUUAGUCCAAACGCCAGCAGUGUGCGCAUCGGGAAACGAGAACAGCGUCGGGCUCGAAAAGAGGCUCGAAAAGCACGCCGGGAGAGAGUCAGCGAAGAGGGUGAACUGAUGUAUGAAAUGGAAGAAGGGUUUGGUGAUGACGAGAUCUCCCUCAUUAGCCGGUCAUCGUCAAAGUUGAACGGGAAGGAGGAAUACAUUGACGAGCCGACUCGGUUCUCAUGGCGGAGAUAUCUUCUGAUCUUUGCGGUGAUUCUUGUUCUCUUCCUCAUCCUCAUCCUGGGCUCAUACAAGGCCUCGACCGGCUUCCGGGUUUCGCGCACUCGUUCUAAACCGCUCCUCUCAAACGGUACGGCACUUUUUGCACCAACCACCAUUCUUAUCUCGCUGGAUGGGUUUCGUGCCGAUUUCCUCCAAGACCGCAGUGUGACCCCGGCCCUCAAUGCCCUCAUCGCCGACGGCGUGUCCCCACGAUACAUGCACCCCAGCUUCCCGAGCGUGACAUUCCCCAACCAUUUUACACUUGUGACAGGGCUCUACCCCGAGAGUCAUGGAAUUGUGGGCAAUAAUUUCUGGGAUCCGGAAUUAGAAGAAUCAUUUUACUACACCCACACCGAUGUGAGCAUGCAACCCAAAUGGUGGAAUGCGGAGCCACUCUGGGAGACGGCGGAAAAACAAGGAGUGAAGAGCGCGAUUCACAUGUGGCCGGGGUCUGAGGCACACAUUGGAGAGCAGGAACCGACCUUUUUGGACCAAUAUAAUGGCACCGAGGCGUUGUCGCGCAAGGUGACCAGCAUUCUCGAGUUCCUCGAUCUUCCCGGCGUGGAAGACGAGUCGCAGAUUACACCCGAGCGGCCACAAUUCAUCGCCGCGUAUGUUCCCGAUGUUGAUCGGGACGGACACAACUACGGGCCUAACAGCACCGAAGUUCGAAACACGGUCCACAAUGCAGAUGGUAUGAUUGCAGGGCUCAUGGCAGGCCUGGAGGACCGCAACCUAACUCACGUGGUGAAUAUUGUCAUCGUCUCGGACCACGGCAUGGCCAGCACAUCCACGGACCGACUGGUGCAGCUCGAAGACCUGGUCGAUACAAGCUUAAUCGAGCAUCUUGACGGAUGGCCAUCGCGCGGCUUGCGUCCCAAGCGUCCUGAAGACCUUCCAGUUCUGCAGAAGCAGCUAGAAAAGGUGGCAGACAAGUACGCGCAUGCUGUCCAGAUCUACACCCGAGAGACGAUGCCUGAGCGCUACCAUUUCACCAAUAACGACCGCAUUGCGCCUCUGUGGGUCAUCCCUAAGGCGGGCUGGGCCAUUGUCGAACGACCAGAAUUCGACGCCCACAAAGCCCAGAAAAUGGGCGAGGUCUACCAUCCGAAAGGAAUCCACGGAUAUGACCAUGAACACCCGCUGAUGCGAGCCAUCUUCAUCGCCCGCGGUCCAGCCUUCCCAUACACGCCCAACAGUCGGUUGGAAGCAUUUCAAAAUAUCGAAGUAUAUAAUAUUGUCUGCGACUCCUUGGGAGUCGACCCGCGCCCCAAUAAUGGUACCUUACAUCUUCCACUGGAGCCGGUGGGCUUGCACUCCGACGACCGCGCGCCCGCCACUAAUCAGCCAGCGAAUCUGCCCAUCCACACUUCGACCACAGAAGGGCCAAGUGUACCUACAAUCUCCGCGGCAGCAAAGCCGACCGCUGGGGAUUCUCACAAGGCAGACAAAACGACAUGGUGGAAGAGUUUCUGGGGUAAAGUUGACGUGUGGAAGCAGUGGGCUGGUGAAAUGUUCUCUGCGGAAAAGGACAAUCACCCGGGGUCGCGACGAUGA